AAAACAUUAACUAUUUUGAACCCAAAUUAAUAAAAUAUACAAUAUAAUAAAAUGCACAAAAAAAAAAAUAAAUAGUAAGCCCAAAGCAAUAAUAAUAUACGUUCGUACAUUAAAUGAUGUGAGUGACUGAUCUCGCUAAUUGAAAGAUUUUCAUCGGUUUAAAUGGAACCAAUUACUAUCAUAUAUAUCUUACGAAAACCUUCUCCACGAAACACACGAUGGCUGCACGCUCUUUGAAUCUCUGAAGGCAAGAAAGUAGGAACGUAACGAAAAUUUUCAAACAAAACCUGAGCCUUGUUCUGAAGGUUCGAUCUCUGUCUUCAGCCAUUGAAGAAAAACCGUCCCAUUCGAAUGAAUUUCCAUUUUUUCUCUCCGAAGAAAACCGCAUUUUUGGAGUUACAACUGAUGCACAUAACAUGUUUGAUGAAUUUCUCCAAUGAAAAUUCAACAUGCUAAGCUCCGCUUUUAAACGCUGUUGGCUUCAAAAUUCGUGUGCCCAUAAGUUCCAAUUAUUUUCAGGGUCUCUCUAUUCCACAUUGCAAUCAAUAUCUGCACCUCCCCAGUUGCAAGACCUCUGCAAUAUUGUCACCAGCACUGUCGGUGGACUAGAUGAUCUAGAGUUAAGUCUAAAUAAGUUUAAGGGUUCUUUAACUUCGUCUCUUGUAGCUCAAGUUAUUGAUUCUGUUAAACAUGAGGCACAUACUAGAAGAAUGCUCAGGUUCUUCUUAUGGUCCAAUAAAAAUUUGAGUUAUGAUUUGGAAGACAAGGAUUAUAAUUAUGCUCUUAGAGUUUUCGCCGAAAAGAAAGACUACACGGCAAUGGAUAUCUUGCUUGGAGAUUUCAAGAAGGAGGGUAGAGUCAUGGAUGCUCAAACUUUUGGUGUUGUAGCUGAGAAUUUUGUUAAACUCGGAAAAGAAGACGAGGCGUUGGGUAUUUUUAAGAACUUAGAUAAGUAUAAGUGUCUUAUUGAUGAAUUCACGGUUACUGCUAUUAUUAACGCUCUUUGCUCUAAAGGGCAUGCUAAGAGGGCUGAAGGUGUAGUUUGGCAUCAUAAAGACAAGAUUAAAGGCGUGCUACCUUGCAUUUAUAGAAGUCUUCUUUAUGGUUGGUCUGUGCAGAGGAAUGUGAAGGAAUCUAGGAGAAUCAUUCAAGAGAUGAAGACAAACGGGGUUAUCCCAGAUUUAGUUUGCUAUAACACAUUCCUUAGGUGCCUUUGUGAAAGGAAUCUCAGACAUAAUCCUUCAGGACUUGUGCCUGAAGCUUUAAAUGUGAUGAUGGAGAUGAGGUCUUAUAAGGUUUCACCGACCUCAAUCAGUUACAACAUUUUGCUUUCUUGUUUGGGGAAGACUAGAAGAGUUAAGGAAUCUUGUCAAAUACUUGAAGCAAUGAACAAAUCUGGUGUUACUCAAGAUUGGGUCAGCUAUUAUCUGGUGGCAAGGGUUUUGUUUCUGAGUGGUAGAUUUGGUAAAGGGAAAGAGAUAGUGGAUCAAAUGAUUGAAAAAGGUUUAGUACCAAAUCAUAAGUUUUAUUACAGUUUGAUCGGUAUUCUUUGUGGGGUUGAAAGGGUAAAUCAUGCUCUUGAAUUGUUUGAGAAAAUGAAGGGAAGCUCAGUGGGAGGUUAUGGACCAGUUUAUGAUGUGCUCAUUCCAAAGCUUUGUAGAGGAGGGGAUUUUGAAAAAGGAAAAGAACUUUGGGAUGAAGCCACAUGUAUGGGCAUAACUCUUCAGUGCUCAAGGGAUGUUUUGGAUCCUUCAAUAACAGAAGUAUAUAAACCUAAAAGACCAGAAAAAAUCAAUGUUGUGGAUAGCUCAAAAGCCAAGCCUCAGCAGAAACUUUCAAAUUAUCUUGAGAGAAUGAAAAUGAGAAAAAUUGCAGCAUGGAAGAAGAAAAUGAAAAAGAAAUCUGCAGCAUCUUAGGUUGUUAUUUAUGUAGUCUUUGUGAACAAUUUAUUAUUGGUGCCUGCUUAUAACAAUACAUUACUGCUGGUUUGUGCAAACUGUACUUAUCAAUUUUUACUUGGAUCCUAAUAAUCUUAUCUUUUGUUAGUUUAAGUUCAAAUUUUACUCUGCUUUUUCAUGUUUGUUAGUGAUACCGUAUUGUGUCAUCACUUUUUCCUCGGAUCCUAAAACAAAAAUAGUUAAUAAUGCAUGUCUUGGAUGGUUAUCAAAGCUAACGACGGGUGCUUUUGCAAGUGA